AAUAACCUGAACCAAGUUAGCCCACUUCAAAAUUGCGUUUGUAUGUAAAAGGUUUGAAUGUUAACUACAGCUUGAUAAUCUUUUGGGAAUUCUUGUCGUUCGUGUUUGUUUAUUGCAAACUUGCGACAUGACUCGUUUACAAAAUCAAUCCCAUUUUUAACUCAGUCUUUGGUCAACCUCAGUACUAAGCUCCACUGCAAAACUCUCUUCUCUCUUUUCCAUCUUCAUUCUUGCCUGCAACACCCGAAAAUUUUGCUGAAGUCUGGCCUAAAAUAAUGGUGUUUCGUUCGUAAAACUUUCGUUUAUUUCCUUGUUUAAGCGCUUUUUAAGAUAAAAUUUGAGACGUUUUUGAAAGGCUAUUGGUAUUAAAAAUGAUUCAAGAAAGCCGACCAGAGCAUGUUUCUCAAAGGAAAAAAGUUUUAGCUGAAAAACUUUCAAAGGAGCAAGCAAAUUUAUCAUUUUUGAAAGAUAGUUUGACGAAAAGCGACGAUUUGACAGAAAAUAUGCGUGGUAUCUUGUCAUCAUUUAACGAACGCUUAAGCAAGCUAGAAGAAAACAUUUUACCUGUGCAUAAAGAAACUGUUGAACUACAACGUCGACAAAGAAAUAUUGAUAAAGUUUUACGAGGGCUAGAUAAUGUUAUCAGCUAUCAUAAUGUUGCUUCGAAAGAAGACCAGGACAUCAGAGAUGGACCUGGUGCUGAUGUCGAUAGUUACAUACAAAGCUUGAUAAAAGUUCAAGAUGCCAUUAAAUUUUUUGAAGACAAUAAUCCCAACAGUCCUGAGUUAUCCCUCCUUACAUCUUUAAUGGAAACAGGACGUGAACAAAUGGAACGUUCAUUUAGACAGUUCCUGGCGCUAAACAGUAGUCCUCUUGAAGCUGAAACAUUGAUUGAUUUAUUGAAUUCUAAUGAAGAAACAGAAGAAUCCACGCCUCAAUUUAAACCUAUAAAUGACGAAGCUAUAGAAGAUUUGAGUAAAAUAGCAGCUUGGCUGGUCACAGAAGCCCAAUCUAAAGAUUUUAUGAAUGUGUACAGUCAAAUUCGAUCAAGUGUCGUAAUGAAGACCUUACAAGGAUUAGUCGAGGGACAUUCGCUAGGAAAGAUAGAAAGUUAUUCUCCUGCCAACAUUAUGAUCAGUCCGAAGUUGAAACAGUUAAGCGGCAUCACUCCUCAAAGAAAAUCAACUAUGAAAAGAAAUCUUGUGCGUCGUGUACCAUCGAAAGCGUUUGAAUACACAGGAAAUCGGAAAGUCAACUCACCAGCUGCAAUGUUCGAUUCGUCAACAUCCAAAGAGGAUGAAGAUGAGAUAGAAGCUGGUCGAUUCAUCACUCUUUCUGCGGCACUUUUAAAACUUCUCCAGAGUGAACGGACAUUGAUAAAUUUGAUCAUUUGUAAAGAACAUAGAGAUGGUAUUUUUGACGUUCUCAUUCAAAAUUUGAUUGAAACGUUGAUUGUCGAGGGAGAAGUCAUGGAAAACUCGGCAAGAAAAUUAAUUGCGAAAAGGGAAUAUUUCUCUCUGUUGCCUCUUCUUCCCGUGCUCAAGUAUGUUAAAUCUGUGUUGCCCUUGUUCUCUCAAGCAUUACAGGGAGUUCGUACUCCAACUCAAGCAGCAAUCCCGAAUCUUUUUGUUAAUUUGGAGUCCGUGGGAGCUAAAGCUUUGGAUGACUUUACUGAAAAUAUCAAGCAUGACCCGGACAAGCAAUCAAAUAUGCCUAAAGAUGGCACUGUCCAUGAACUCACAAGCAAUACAUUGAUAUUUCUUGAGCACCUGUUGGGAUACACCGACACUGUUGGAAAUAUGCUCUUAAACUCAGAAUCUGUAAUGGAUCCACGAAUUGGUGACAGUGUAUCACCUAAAACUCUUGUGGCUCGAUACUUUGGUCGUGUUCUUGGUGCUCUUGGAUUAAAUCUUGAACUGAAGUCGAAAAGUUACGUUACAAUGUUGGGUCAAGUUGCCCUGUCUGGGAUAUUCUUAUUAAACAAUUAUAACUACAUUUUGAAAGGAUUGCAGAGGUACGAUAUUUCCACAACCGCACGAAUAGUGAAUUAUUAUCGAUUUUUACAAUCACGUGAUGUAUAUGUGAAUAGUUUUUAACUAUUAUUUAUACUUUUUAACAUAAGACGCUAAGAUUUGUGCACUUCAUGACCACUAUAUUGGUAUAUUUAUGAUUGUAGUUUUUCUUUUAUUAACAAAAUGAUACGAAAUCAUUUUAAUUUAUUGAA